AUGACUCUCGGCAUCAGGAUAGCGCCUUCGUCGGCGACCAGGGCGGCCAGCCUUCUGCGCACAAUCCAGUACACCCACCCGCCCUCCUGCCCGUGCCACUCCAAUCCGGGCCACCACCACCACCACCACCAGCAGCGCGGCCCGGCGUUGACGCCAUACCAGCGCAGGCUGCCCAAGAGGCAUUAUGCCACGCCGCAGGAGCCCAAGGAGUACGCAUUUGAGAUGGCGGCCUCGUCGAUUCGGUUCGGUGAGGGCGUGACUCAGGAGGUCGGCAUGGACCUCAAGAACAUGGCCGCCAAGAGGGUGUGCGUGGUCACCGACGAGACAGUUGACAAGCUGUAUGCGAUGCAGCAGGUGAGGGAGAGUCUGGACAGGGAGGGUAUCAAUUACAAGGUCUUCAGCAAGGUCAAGAUUGAGCCCAAGGACAGCUCCAUCAAAGAAGCCAUCGAAUGGGCAAAGCCCUACAACCCAGACGUCUUCCUCGCAGUGGGCGGCGGUUCCGUCAUCGACACGGCCAAGCUCAUGAACCUGUACACGUGCUACCCCUCGGCCGCGUUUCUGGACUUUGUCAACGCGCCCCUGGGCGCCGGCAAGCCGAUCGACAGGCCGCUCAGGCCGCUGAUCGCGGUGCCGACGACGGCGGGCACGGGCUCCGAGACCACGGGCACGGCCAUCUUCGAUCUGGUGUCGAGGCGCGCCAAGACGGGCGUCGCGCACCGCAACAUGAAGCCGCUGCUCGGCAUCUGCGACCCGCUCAACACCCGCACCAUGCCCGCCGCCGUCAAGGCCAGCUCGGGCCUCGACGUGCUCUGCCACAGCCUCGAGAGCUGGACCGCCAUCCCCUACACGGAGCGCACGCCCAGGCCCACGAACCCCAUCAACCGUCCCGCGUACCAGGGUGCGAACCCCAUCAGCGACAUCUUCUCCCUCAACGCGCUCAGGUCCACCGUCAAAUACCUCCCCAGGGCCGUCAGGGAUCCAGAGGACUCGGAGGCCCAGCGUCAGAUGCUCCUGGCUGCGACGUUGGCGGGUGUUGGGUUUGGUAAUGCGGGUGUGCAUUUAUGUCACGGCAUGUCCUAUCCCAUCUCGGGCCAGAACCCAGGCUACAAGCACUCGGGCUACGAGGUCUCGCACCCCAUCAUCCCGCACGGCGUGUCGGUAGCCGUGUCGGCGCCCGCCGUCUUCCGCUUCACGGGCGCGUCCAACCCGGAGCGCCACCUGGAGGCGGCCGAGUGCCUCGGCGUAGACGUCAGCAACGCCAAGCGCGAGAGCGCCGGCGAGAUCCUGGCCGACGCCCUCACCAAGUUCCUCGCCGACCUCGGCGACCAGCCGGCCGGGCUCAAGGCGUUGGGCUUCGACCGCAGCCACGUCGACGGCCUGGUCGAGGGCACGAUCCCGCAGGCGAGGGUGUUGAUGCUCGCGCCGGGCCUGGCCACGACGGAGCUGGAGCGGGAGAGGGAACAGCUGAGGGCGCUGUUUGAGGAUGCCAUGGAGCAUUGA